UCCAACACUUGGAGUUUCACGCAAGGUUUGAUGUUUGGUCAGGCCAGUGUGAUCUUGGUGAUUAUUAUUUUCGUCAAGUUCUUUGUGUUUGCCGAUGCAUCACCAGCAUCUACACAAUCGUCUUCCAAGGAUGCAUCCAGUGUGAUUGUGAAAAACGCCGCCAAUGCCAAGAAAGAGGGAGCAGAUGGAGCAAAUGAGGAUGAAGAGGAUGAUGCCUCUAAGGUUUCUGGUAUUUUGGAAAAAACUUACUACGACGUCGAAAACCAUGCAUCGGAAUCAUUGGACUGGUUCAAUGUAUUGAUUGCACAGACCAUUUCCCAGUUGAGAACAGAAGCAUUGCUCUCAGACAACAUCUACCACUCAUUGAAUGAGUUCUUGACAAAGUCUGAUUUCCCAGAAUACUUGGACAAGGUGAAAAUCACAGAGAUAGACAUUGGUGAUGACUUUCCCAUCUUCUCUAACUGCCGAAUCAAACACAGUAAGGAUGGGUCCGGCAGGUUGGAAGCUAAGAUAGAUGUGGAUUUGUCAGACACCUUGACUUUAGGGAUCGAAACACAAUUAUUGUUGAACCAUCCUAGGCCACUAACUGCGGUUCUCCCGGUAGAAUUGUCGGUGUCGAUUGUACGGUUCUCGGGUUGUUUGACGGUGUCACUCAUUAAUACAAACGACUUGGACAGCUCUUCGGAACCUAAAGCAGGUGGAACACCAGCACCAAAUUCCGGUAGUUCGGAAACUGACUCCAGAGGCUCGAACAAAAAGAAAAAGGGCGAACAUGCCAACGCUGGCACGGCUUUAAUGUUUUCAUUUGCGCCCGAUUACCGGUUGGAGUUCACAGUCAAGUCCUUAAUAGGCUCGCGAGCCAAGUUACAAGACGUACCCAAAAUAUCCUCGCUCAUUGAAAACAAAUUGCGUAGUUGGUUCAUUGAGAGGUGUAUCGAGCCCAGGUUUCAGGUUGUGAAAUUACCUUCCUUGUGGCCCAGAAGAAAAAACACUCGCGAGCCUGUCCAUUCUAAUGUGAAUGGCAUUGUCGAUAAAACUGAAGAC